UCCAGGGAGGUGUGGUGACUACCUUCAUGUCAGAGGCAAGCUAGUGUUAAAGCGUUCUCGGUAGGAGACAGAUUCCUGCCUUCUGCCCAGACCUCUCCAGGCCCCUCAUUGCUUGGCUCAGCUGUGCUGUGGGACGUGGAUAGACAUGGCCGGGCAGAUAAUACAGUUGCUGCUUCUGGCUUUGGUGGCUGCUGCAUGGGGUGCCCCGUCAAAGACACCCCAGGCCAGGAAGGACCUGCUCAACGUCUGCAUGAAUGCCAAGCACCACAAGCCAAAGCCAGGUCCGGAGGAGGAGCUAUAUGGCCAGUGCAGUCCCUGGAGGAAGAACUCCUGCUGCUCUGUCAACACCAGCCUGGAAGCCCAUAAGGAUAUUUCCUACCUGUACAGAUUCAACUGGGACCACUGUGGCAAGAUGGAGCCCUCUUGCAAGCGUCACUUCAUCCAGGACACCUGUCUCUACGAAUGCUCACCCAAUCUGGGGCCCUGGAUCCAGGAGGUGAACCAGAGUUGGCGCAAAGAGCGGAUCCUGAAUGUGCCCCUGUGCAAAGAGGACUGUGAGACCUGGUGGAAUGACUGCCGCACCUCCUACACCUGCAAGACCAACUGGCACAAGGGCUGGAACUGGACCUCAGGGUACAACCAGUGCCCUGUGAAAGCAGCCUGCCACCGCUUUGACUUCUACUUCCCCACACCUGCUGAUCUGUGCAAUGAAAUCUGGAGUCACUCCUUCAAAGUGAGCAACUAUGGCCGGGGCAGUGGCCGCUGCAUCCAGAUGUGGUUCGACUCCAACCAGGGCAACCCCAACGAGGAGGUGGCAAGAUUCUAUGCUGCUGAGACCAAGAAUGAUGUGCCCCCACCCCAGGGGAUUGGGUCUUUCCUGCUCGAUCUGACCCAAAUGCUGCAACUCUGGCUCCGUAGCUGAGAUGUUCCCAUUGCUGAUACCUGGACACCUUCCUUGCCUGCACCCAACCUGGGUGACCUCAGCUCAGCUUGGCUCAACUCUUUCAGAUGAGGAAGACUCAUAAUACCCUGAUCAUUGGUUCCUGAUCCUAUGGGGAUCCUCUAACAGCCUAUACUAAUAGACAGAUCCAUGUG